CCCGCCCCCUCCCCUCCGCGCGCAAACGAUCCUCGCUACGCCGCUCUCGGCGGCGGCGGCGGGCGGGGGCAGGGUGAGGGAGGGGGCUGGCCGGGGCCGCUCCACUCUGCAGUUGUCUCCGAAGCGCGGGCUGUGCUGCCCGAGCCGCUGGGCCGGGGAAGCACUGGCCGUAGGCUUCCGGGCCGGCUUCUCCAGGCGCUCGCAGGCAUGCAGCCCGGGAGCAGGCGGCGCGCCCCGGGCCGCUUCUGAGCCGGCAGGGGCUGCGGGACCAGCGCCAGCCGAGCCCCUCCCUUCUUGCCCUUGGGCCGACGAGCGAAGUCCCGGCACCCGCUCUUAGCCCGCAGCCCCGCCAGCGCCACCCCCCGCGGGCUGCAGGGGCUCAUGCAGCCGCCAAGGCAUUGCGCGUGGUUGGGCAGMCCCGGAGCACGUCCAAUCCGCCGUGUCCUGGAUGGGGGAGUCUCUCUCGCGCGCAGUUCUUUCUUUUUGGGGCGGCCGCCCUGCCCGGCCCACGGAGCCUAGGACGGAGCCUGCUACCUGGCUAUCCCGACGUGAGCCCCCAUUGGCCUGUGUCGCUAGGGCCCCCGCCUCCCGCUCAGUUCGAGGUUGAAGAGCUGCUAAACGGGGCGUCGGCGUUGUGCACCAUCUGGGCUCAGGAAUAAGCAGUCCCAACACGGGAGCGUCCAARUACCCGAAGUCCUGUGGAACGCAAGCGCCCCGACGCCCUGAGCUCAGCCACGUAGCUUAAGGGACAGAAUUGUGGGUCGUACUGAGUGGCAGACUGUUACCUCAAGGACCUCAAUCACCUUCUCCAUCUGGUCUUAGGAUCUUCCAGCAAAAACAAAAGGGAGAGGCUAGUGGUAACAGGCCGAGCUGGAUGGAUGGGUAUGGGGAGAGGGGCAGGACGCUCAGCCCUGGGAUUCUGGCCGACCCUCGCCUUCCUUCUCUGCAGCUUCCCCGCAGCCAUCUCCCCGUGCAAGAUCCUCAAGUGCAACUCUGAGUUCUGGAGCGCCACGUCCGGCAGCCACAGCCCGGCCUCUGACGACGCCCCUGAGUUCUGCGCUGCCCUGCGCACCUACGCCCUGUGCACGCGGCGGACGGCCCGCACCUGCCGGGGUGACCUGGCCUACCACUCCGCAGUCCAUGGCAUAGAGGACCUCAUGAGCCAGCACAACUGCUCCAAGGAUGGCCCCACCUCGCAGCCUCGCCUGCGCACACUUCCACCAGCGGGGGACAGCCAGGAGCGCUCGGACAGCCCCGAGAUCUGCCACUACGAGAAGAGCUUCCACAAGCACUCAGCCGCMCCCAACUACACGCACUGUGGUCUGUUCGGGGACCCGCACCUCAGGACUUUCACAGACCGCUUCCAGACCUGCAAGGUGCAGGGCGCCUGGCCACUCAUCGACAAUAAUUACCUGAAUGUGCAGGUCACCAACACACCUGUGCUGCCUGGCUCCCCCGCCACUGCCACCAGCAAGCUCACCAUCAUCUUCAAGAACUUCCAAGAAUGUGUGGACCAGAAGGUGUACCAGGCCGAGAUGGAUGAGCUCCCGGCAGCCUUCGCCGACGGCUCCAAGAACGGCGGGGACAGGCACGGGGCCAACAGCUUGAAGAUCACGGAGAAGGUGUCGGGCCAGCACGUGGAGAUCCAGGCCAAGUACAUCGGCACCACCAUCGUGGUGCGCCAGGUGGGCCGCUACCUGACCUUCGCGGUCCGCAUGCCCGAGGAGGUGGUCAACGCCGUGGAGGACCGGGACAGCCAGGGCCUCUACCUCUGCCUGCGGGGCUGCCCGCUCAACCAGCAGAUCGACUUCCAGGCCUUCCGGGCCAGCGCCCAGGGCCCCGACGCCCGCAGGCCCGUGGCCGCCAGCCCCGCCCCCGCGGCCCCUGAAACGUUCCCCUACGAGACGGCCGUGGCCAAGUGCAAGGAGAAGCUGCCCGUGGAGGACCUGUACUACCAGGCCUGCGUCUUCGACCUCCUCACCACGGGCGACGUGAACUUCACGCUGGCCGCCUACUACGCCCUGGAGGACGUCAAGAUGCUCCACUCCAACAAGGACAAACUGCACCUGUAUGAAAGGACUCGGGAGCUGCCGGGCGGGGUGGCCGCUGCGGGGCAGCCCCUGGCCCCCCAGCCUCUCCUCAGCACCCUGGCGCUCCUCGCCCUGCUGCCUGUGUUGUGGUAGGUGGGCAGCUGUCCUGAGGAUGCGGAGGGAUGCACAGACUCCACCCCCAGCCUUGGGGCUCCUACUCCUCCGUUCGAGGGCUGGGGACAACAACAGGGUGCGGACUGGCAGGCACACUGUCUGUGGGCCAGUGGGCUGGCAACUCUCAGGAGUAGAGGCAGCCGCUGGCCGGGUGACCCAUGGGACGGUUUCCUCAGAGCUGUCUCUGGCAAGGGCUGGGGGKUGUGGGGCCCCGGCCCCUCUCUCUAGUGCACGUGACAAGAUUGUGGUGAUAGGUGCUGUGAUGUUUGUGACAGUAGAGCUGUGUGAGAGGGAGAGCAGCUCCCCUCCUCCCCACCCCUGCAGUGUGAAUGUGCAAAACCCAGCCCCUUAGGCUGAAGCCCCACCCCACCCCUCCAGAGAGACACUGGGAACAGUCAGAGUCGGCUCCUUCUGCCCCUUGCAAUGCACUGAAACGGCCCGGCUGACUGCUGCACGCUGAUUCGUGGGGCCACCUGUGCCCACCGCACGCACACACACACUCUUAUAUGAGCACACUCGCACACACUAAGCCUGCGGGGACACCCCAGCCAAGCUGCACAAGGCUCCUUCCCCAGACCGGGCCUCCUUAAGGUCAGGAUGCCCCCAGAGGGUGCUGUUCAACAUCUCUAGCAAAUUGACGUAACCUUGUGGCCAAUAAGCUGUGCCCUCCUGGUGCCUUUCCAUCUGUACCCUCCCUGGGAGCUGGAGGGAGACCACUGUGUGCAUUGGGCUGCCAUGGGCAUGGGUUCAGGCUCAGGUUCCCAGGCGCCUGCCCAGACAGCCGUGCAAUUGAACCAUCAAUGCAUGUCAGCACGUGGUCUAAGCCACGCCACUCACAGGCUCCAGUGCCCUUCUCUGGCUCUGCCCUUGGCCCUUUCGCUACUGUGCUUAGGAAAUUGAAGUGCUUGGUUCUAAACGUCUACACAGAGGAGAGAUCUCUUGAUUUGGGUUCCUUCCCCUGCAGCAGAUGCAAGAGCUCCUCGGCAGGGGAGUUCCAGCCCAGGGCAUGGGCAGGAGACGCAGUGGAUCGGGCCAGCUGGCCUGCCCCGUCCUCUGCUUUCUCCUCACCAGCCUCCUGGCUGCUGGUCAGAAGCCCUACUUUCCACCCUGCCCACCCACGUCUGGAUUCUGAGGGGAGUAACAGAAUCUUAGAGGCCUCACAACCCUGAACUUUCCGGGCAGGGUCUCCUUCCCAAGCCCUGUGGCCACAGAAGAAACCUGCCACUGGGAACCCUGAGUCCCCCUUUGUUUCAACCCAGGGUACACAUCCACAAAAACCCAGAACAAUUCCCACCUCUGCUGCUAUUCCAGAGGCUCCCAGGGACCAGCAAAGGGCUGGCCUUCACUCCCAAAGGUGCAGCCAGCCCCAGUGGGCAGUCCUGCCAGUGGCCCUGCAGCCCUACUCCCCUCCCAUCAGCAUCUGCAGUAGCCCCUCUGCUGCUCCCCAGGGACCUCUCAUACACUGGCCAGGAGGCUGCGAAACCUGCGUCUCCCCCCUUCCUCCGAGAGGUCCUCCUCCCUCUGCCAAAACCACAUGGGCUGGUAGGAGGGGCUCACCCAGCCCCUUCCUCUCCCUGCUGGGUUUAUAGAUGAUCCCUAUGUUGGAAGUAAAAAGAUGAAGCACUUUAUUUUGGUUGUGUUUGAUCACAUUCUGCUUGGAAGUGGGGACCCCUCACUGCGUCCAUGUGUCUGCGACCUGUGUGGAGUGUCACCGCAUGUACAUACUGUAAAUUAUUUAUUAAUGGCUAAAUGCAAGUAAAGUUUGAGGUUUUGUUUUGUU